CUUGUUGCAGAGGAGCCAGUGCGCAUAUUUGUAAACUGACCUCAGAGCAGAUGUCUUUGACAGUUACAGGAGACUUUCUCACUGACAGAGACCAACAGCUGAUCCUGGAUCAGGAGGACGAGAACCGGCGUCCAACCCGAGACUGAACAUGACGGACACAUCAGUGGGUGAACAGCCGCCAUGGUGCUGUCUCACCUCCCUCUCUUCCUCCUUCUCCUUCUCUCCUCCCUCCCAUCAUGCACCUCUCUAUCUAGUACCUCCUCCCAUGGCCCCCUGUCUGUGGUGGCUGCUGCAGCUCCGAUCCUGCAGGAGCAGCCGUUUGUUGUGGUGUGGAACAUGCCCACAGCACAGUGUAAGAAACGCUACAACAUCCACCUAGACCUGAACACCUUCGACAUCGUGGAGAACCAACAAGAGCGCUUCCAGGGACAGAAUAUGACCAUCUUCUACCGGGACCGCCUGGGGAAGUACCCGUUCCUUUCCAAAGAUGGCAGGAAGGUGAACGGAGGAAUACCUCAGCUGGGUGACCUCUCAGCUCACCUCUCCCUCAUGGUGACAGAGAUGUCCAGCCUGCUGCAGCCACACUUUAAAGGUUUAGCUGUGAUCGACUGGGAGGAGUGGCAGCCGCUGUGGGAGAGGAACUUUGGGACUAAGAUGGAGUACCGGAGACUGUCCAAGCUGCUGGUGAAGCAGGGGAGACCUGAUCUGUCUGAGAGAGCCGUGACAUCCCUGGCAAGGUUCAACUUUGAGGAGAGCGCACGGAGGUUUAUGGAGGAGACUCUGAGGGUGUCGGUCAGAGAUCAUCCUGAAGGACUCUGGGGCUUCUAUGGGUUCCCUGCAUGCUUUAAUAAGCAGAAGAGAAAGACAGAUCAGAACUACACCGGACGCUGCCACAAGGGGACUAAACAACAGAACGACCGUCUGUCCUGGCUGUGGCGUCAGUCCACCGCUCUCUACCCCAGUGUUUAUCUUCCUCAGAGGCUGGCAGGAUCCACUGAUGCAGCUCUGAUGGUCAGGUACAGACUGCUGGAGGCCUUGAGAGUGGGGUCAGUCUGGCGGCAUGGCACCAACACCAACCAUGCUACACCUGUCCUUCCCUACGCCAGGCUAGCAUUCACACAUACUCUUACCUUUCUUAACAAGACAGACCUGGUGCACACACUGGGGGAGAGUGCAGCAUUGGGGGCUGCUGGAGUGGUGCUGUGGGGAGAGCUGAAAUUUGCCAAGUCUGAGCAUCAGUGCGUCCUGCUCAGAGACUACAUCCACACCGUCUUGGGUCCCUUCAUCCAGUCUCUGAGGUCUGACACACAGCGCUGCAGCCUCCAGCUGUGCCAUGGCCAUGGUCGCUGUGCAAGGCGACACCCUAGUACAGGUCACAUGGUCUCUAUGACAUCAGACCCUAAUCAGAUCAAACGCUUUAUGUGUCUGUGCUAUGCAGGAUGGAGUGGACAGAAUUGUCAGGAAAAGAAAGAGAGGAAUAAUUAACCUCAAUUUUUUUAUAUAAGGUGCGAUCAGUCUGUACUCAGUGAGGAGAAUAGAGGCGUCUGUACUAUGACACUGUCUGACUUGUCAGGUAUCAGUUGUACCAUUAAAACAUAUUAAAUAUAUAAAACUAU